AUGGAAUAUUCCGCGAAUUUGCAUUGCUUCCUACGGCGUUCUGCUCAGCAGGUCCUGUGUUUAAUUUUCUUUCUUUUUUUCUUUUUUUUUCGUUCUUUCUUUCUUUCUUUCUAUCUUUCUUUUCUCUCCGUUUUGCUUUUCCUAAAUUACUUAUUUCCUUUUAAGUGCUUAAUUCUCUUUCUUUUUUUUUCUUUCGUUCGUUCUAUGUUCUGUUUUUUCAAAACUUUCUUUUCUUCCUUUUUCUCUUUUUUUCUUUCUUUCUUUUUUCUUUCUUUCUUUCGUUUUUUUUCUUUUUUUUUUUCUUUCUUUACUUCUUUUUUCUAUUCUUUUUUUUUUAUUUUUUUUUUCCUUUUUUUUAAAAAAUUUGUUCCUAAUUUAUUUUGUUUUUUUCUUUCUUUCUUUUCUUUUCUUUCUUUCUUUUCUUUCUUUCUUUUUAGUUACCGUUCAAUCUUGUCUUUUUCUAUCUUUCUUUCUUUCUUUCUAGUCAGCGUUCUUUCUUUCUUUCUUUUUUUUCUUCACCUCUUCCUUUCUUUCUUGUUCCUCUUUUUAUUUUUCAUUUACUUUGUCUUCUAA